AUGGCGUUGACAGGUGCUUUACUCCUUGCACUCCUCGCACUCCUCGCAUAUUCCCGCCUUACUCGUCCACCCUUCCCCCCAGGUCCAAAUCCCCUCCCAAUCAUAGGCAACAUCCUCGACCUCACUCCAAAAGAACUCUGGCUUACCGCAUUCAAAUGGGCACGCACAUACGGACCCAUAACACACAUCCGCAUAUUCAACCAAUCCCUCGUAUUCCUCAACACCCCAAAAGCCGUAUUCGACCUCUUAGACAAACGCGGGUCUAUUUAUAGUGAUAAACCGCACCUCGUCAUGGCUGGUGAGCUUUGUGGCUGCAAGAAUAUGGCAGCAUUUACUCCCUAUGGCGACCGUGCGAGGAGACAGAGGAAGCUCAUGCAGAAGGCGUUUGGCCCUGCCGUUAUUCCUAACUAUCACGGCUUGAUGCAGAUGGAAAGUAGACCGUUUUUGUCUAGGUUGGUUAGCAGUCCCCUUCAGUUCCAAGAUCAUAUCAGAAGAUACGCAGGCGGACUCACCCUUCUCGUCGUAUACGGCCACCAAGUAAAAUCAAACGACGACCCCUUUCUAAACCUCGCAGAAGAAUGCGUAGACAUUCUUGCGAAUCGUAUCGCAAGCGGAGGUGGGAUAUGGCCCGUCGAUAUCUUUCCAGCCCUCAAACACCUCCCUGUGUGGUUCCCCGGCGCAUCCUUCAAGCGCAACGCCCAAAUCUGGAAAGCGAAAAUGGAAGAAUUCGUAGACCGCCCAUACGAAUUCGUGAAAAGCGAAGUCAAAAAAGGAACCGCCCGACCCUCAUUCGUAUCCACCCUCCUUGAACCUCCAAAACCCUCCUCCUUUGACGAAUCUUUUGACUCCACUACCACCGACGACGACGGGGCAUUCUCAGGCGACCGCGACUCCUCCUUCUCAUCCGACAACGCAAAUGACACCGCUACAGACGACCAUGACAUCCGAUGGACAGCUAAUUCCAUGUACUCAGCCAGCAUCGAUACAACCAUCACAACUCUCUCCCAUUUCAUCCUCGCGAUGGUUCAGCACCCCCAUGUACUCCGACGCGCGCAAGCAGAACUCGAUGAUGUCCUUGGAUCGAGGGGAUCGGGCUUACCAUCGCAAGCAAAGCGCCUACCCACAUUCGAAGAUCGCCCAAAGCUUCCGUACUGCGAUGCGGUGUUCACGGAGACGCUUAGAUGGGGUGUGCCUGUUCCGCUUAGCCUCCCACAUAGAUUAACACAACCCGACACCUACGAAGGCAUGUACAUCCCACAAGGAUCACUCGUAUUCGGGAACAUAUGGGCUAUCAUGCGUGAUCCCAGGUUAUAUCAAGAUCCAGAAGUGUUUGAGCCUGGGAGGUGGUUAGCGCGUGAUGCGAUCGUGGAUAUGGAAGGUAGAAGGGAUUUGGAUGUGGGUGGGGAGGAAGAGGAGGCUGGGAAGGAAAGAGAUCCCAGAGCGUUUGUGUUUGGAUUUGGGAGACGCCGCUGCCCAGGAACCCACCUCGUCGAAUCUUCAGUAUGGCUCUUAAUCACCAGCAUGCUCGCCGCGCUUGAUAUACGCAAAGCGAGGGAUGAGAGGGGCGCGGAGAUCGAACCUGUUGUUAGGUUUGAGAAUUCUGUUUUUAGAACCCCAAGCCCGUUCGUCUGCGAUAUCCGUCCUAGGAGUGAGGAAGCGCUGAGGUUGAUUAUGGAGGGGGAGUAG